CACGACAAAAGUAACAUUGACGUUUUAUAGCUGUUUGUUGACAGAUAACGACCGACGUCACCACAUGAGGGUCAGAGUUUCACUCUAAAUUAUCAAUUAUAAUACGCAUUACUUUCCCGGUGCUUGAUUAACCAGCAACAUGGCUCCAGCAGCUCCUGCAGUUAAAACUUUGCCAGAAGAUCCUAUAGGCAUCAGAGCCGUACUUCUCGGACCGCCCGGAUCCGGUAAAGGCACUCAGGCACCUCGGCUCAAAGAAAAAUAUUUUGUUUGUCACUUAUCUACUGGAGACAUGCUCAGAGAAGAAGUUGCAUCAGGCUCAGAGUUGGGUCGUUCACUGAAAAAAGUCAUGGAUGAAGGGAAACUGGUUUCUGAUGAGAUGGUUGUAAAUAUGAUUGACAAAAACUUGGAUCAACCAUCUUGUAAAAAUGGUUUUCUCCUUGAUGGCUUCCCCAGAACGGUUCCUCAAGCUGAAAAGUUGGAUGACCUGUUGGCCAAACGUAAUUCUGGACUUGAUGCUGUUAUAGAAUUUGGUAUUCAAGAUAGUUUGUUGGUGCGCAGAAUUACAGGCAGAUUGAUUCACCCAUCUAGUGGACGUAGCUACCAUGAGGAGUUUUACCCACCCAAGAAGCCCAUGGUAGAUGAUGUGACUGGUGAGCCUUUAAUUAGAAGGUCUGAUGAUAAUGUUGAUGCUUUGAAAAAGCGACUUGCUGUAUAUAAUGCUCAGACUGUACCUCUGGUGGAUUAUUAUAUGAGGAAAGGUAUUCACUGGAGGGUAGAUGCAACAAAAUCUUCUGAGCAGGUAUUCAACAAGAUUGAUAACAUCUUCAAAACUAGGAUUUUCUCAAGGCAACAGCAACAACAACAAGCAUCCCAGUAACUUAGUGUUUAAGAAAAUGUUUUGUACAAAUCUUAUUUCCAUAUUACAGUAUGUUAACUGUCAUUUGUUUAGUUACAAGCUAUUGUGAAUUAUAUCACCUGUUUUAGAGACUAUUUUUCUUGAACAAAUACAGUGAACUGAAAUCAUGGAGUUGUUUGUUUGAUUAAAUUACAGCCAGAUAAAAGUUUAUCAAAUAAUGUGUUUUACACUAAAAUUAUUGCUGGGCAAUGAUAGAAAAUCUGUACUCACAUAAUCAAAUUGAUAACAGUUUUUGCAAUGAUAAAUGUACAGUAAUUAUAAUUAGCUGUCAACAAGUGUUUCAGAUUUUUGUAAACUUCAACACUUUUAGAUUUUUGCAGUACUGAGCAUAACAACUAAACUAUAAUAUAGCUAAAGAGAAAACUUAGGAUACAAAAACAAUGAUGCAGUUAUUUGUGUAGUAUUGAAAACAAUCCGUGUAACUUAUCAUGCUUUUGGCUGUAAUGCAAACUGAAGAAAUAACAUAAGACCCAUUAGUUUUUAGAACUUUUAUUUGUUUUCCACUAAAUACUAUAUAUUAAUAAUUGUUAGAACUGUUAUCUAACAUAAAUGGUUAGUAUUCAUUUUUAUAAGCUCGAAGAAAGGUUUGAAAUAUUCUUUUUUGUAGGGUUACAUAAUUAGCUAUAUAACAAUAUAAUAUCCAUACAACUCUGCGCAGACUUUCGCAUUUUAUAAUAUUCAAAUAUUGUAUAUGGUACAUAGUUGUUCGUUUAUUACUCACCAACAUUGUUUUAUCUACAAUGGUAUGGUAUAAUGAUUUAUAUGAUUUGAUUUUCUUCAAGUUUCUAUUGAUUCUGAAUAAUAUUAUUGUCUUUAUGUAAUUUAUUACGAGUAUAUUUUAUAGGUCGAUGAUUAAUUACCUUUAUUUAUACCUAUAUUAUGAGUAUUGAAUAUAGAUUAAUUAAUCAGUAAAAUAUAAUUAUCGAUAUUACAAGUUUGUGUAGUACAUACCUACAAAAACAAAAAGUUAGUAUGAAAUAAUACCAAAAUGUUGACAAUAUAACUGUCUAUGACAAACAAAAAUCGCCUCUAGUACUAUUUGUUUAAAGUAGGCAAUUUAUUUAGAAACGUUUAAACUACAGGUGGUAAAAUCCGGUCGAUUUAUGUCGAAAUUUUUAGAUCAAUUUAAAGGCUCAACAAUGUUUUUUACCUAUGAAUGUCCAGCUACUAUAAACCUUUUAUUAAAACGAUUAUACUUUUUAACAUGUAACCAUGGCUUUACAGAUGUCUAAGGGCUAAGUUCAAUUUAUUUAAAUGUAAGUAGGUACUUAUGUAAAUGUUUAUAAAAUUCAUCACUGGUUAAUUUCACAGCCAUAUUAUAAUGUUUGCACUUUUUAGGAAUAAAAACGUUUAUAUUUAAAUUGAAGUUAGGUAUAGAAAGGUCAAUGUUGGUAAUUCAAAAGACAAUAUUGGUAGAUAUAUUUACAGUAUAUAGAGGGUGAUUUUUCUAAUAAGUAUUUAAAGUUUCUUUGAGAAAGAUGUUUGUUAUCACGAGUACAAUAA